AUGUUGCCUGUCGCGAAGAAGAUAACAAAAGUAGCAAAAAUGUUCAUAAUUUAAUGAAUUUUGCAUCUGGGAGAUUCCUCUUGGAACUUAAGUCAUGUGAUGAUUUGGUACAACUUGAUGAUUUUAAGAAACUUGUCAAUAAUAUGAUAGAAGAUCAUCGUAAAGUUAUUAUACAAAAGACUCAAGAAGCACACAAAAAGAGGAUCAUUCAAAAAUGGAAAGAAUUAGCAGGAAAUAGUUCAUUAUUCUCUCCAAAUUCUUUUGACAUUUUCAAAGACAAAUUUAUUCAAAAAAACCUUCUUGAUUCUUUCUAUUGUAUGACAAUUAACCUUUUUUGUGACUCUGAACUAUGGCAUAAUGUUCUCAGGACAAAUUUUACACGAUUCAAAAUAUCAAAAUUUGAAUCAAUAAAUCUUAAAGAUAUAUCUGAAAUUAAUAAUUCAGUUAAAGAUUCAUUUGAAAAUUUUAAUCUCCAGAAUAUUAAUGAGUUGCAAAACCCCGAUAUUUCUAUCGAAUAUUUUCCAUCACUAAACUUAAAGUUAACAGAAGGUGUUUAUAGCGAACGAGUUAAAGCAUCUAUUAUUGAGAUCUUAAAAUUGUGGAUAAUCACUUGGAAAAAGGAUGAAGAAAUUGAUGAAAAAGACUAUGUUCAUAUAUUUAUUAUCUCGCCUUUAGAGAAACUUCUUGGAAUAAAUUUAUUAUGCUUUAUUACAUUACAUAGACCGGAACAUCCAACAUAUUGCUCAUAUGAACGUAAAAGUUUCUUUUUUAAUUUUGAUAAUUUGGAAGUUUUCGAUCAGUUAGUUAAUAAUGAAGAUUUUAACAAUCUGGAAAUUUAUUCUAAAGGAAUUAUGUCAAAGAAAAAAUAUUGUAAAAAAGUUGAUAUCGCUAUUUUUUAUCGUGUAGAAAAUAUGAUAAAUAAUAGAGUUCAAUAUGGAUAUUUUUAUCCUAUUUUGGGUGAAGCUAAGCUCCCAAACAUUAAUGGUGAUAAUGAUUAUAACAAACUCAGUCGAGCAUUAAAUGACAAUUUUAAUACAAUAAUCAAUCAUUAUUCUAAGAAAGUAAAUGGAAUUUCGGAUGAUUUAUUGAAUUUAUUUAGUGAUAUCAAACUUGGCGGAAUUCAUGUAACAGAUGAGGAAAUCUAUCUCCUACAAUAUACGAGGUAUCCAAAUCAAAAAUUUGGUAUUUUGGCUAAUAUUAGUUCUUCCAAGAUUCCUUCAAAGUUUGAAGAUCAACAAGCUGGAUAUAUGAUAGAUUUUUUGUAUUGUGUAAAGAUUAUGGUGCAAGAUUUUAUUAAUCAAAUUAUAAAAAUUGAGAAGGAAAUACAGAGGAUAAAUGAGUGCCAAAAUGAAGAAUUUUAUAGCAAGGGUGAAUUUUUAUUGUACAAUAUUCUUACUACCCCGGCCACACCUCCACACAAAGGAUAA